UCCGUUACUCACUAACUACUCACUCCAAGCCUAAAGCCGCUCCGGCGAACCAGUGCGCACUCAACAACUCAUCCUCGCCAAGUUGGAGGGACACAAGUGGAGCAGAGAAACCAGGACAUCCAGCCGAGAAACAAAGACAAGAUGUCUUCCUACGUUUCAUCCGAAUGCCACCGUGUCAGCCCAACUGUCCACGGCAACAAGUUUGACACGGCGCACCGUAAAAAGGCCGUGGCCAACAUUUUCGAAAAGGUCAACCAGGACUCCCUGAUGAGACUUUUCCAGAAAACGGGCGACAUGAAGGCGGAGGAGAGAGUGAGGAGCAUCUUCUCCUACACCCAGGACCCGGAGGAGACGGCCCGUGCCCUGAUGGCUCUGAAGCAGCGAAAGAAGGACAAGUUCCUUCAGAUCGCGGGCAUGAUCCGUCAGCUGCUAACAAUGAGUUGACUGUUUUAAGAGUCCUUUACCGCCUGUGUCUAUGUCGGCUCAUGUGUGAGCCGAAUGUGAAAAAACUCCCGAUAUGACUGGGUUACCGCCGCAGAUGCGGCUCACCUUUCGCCCGAAUAGGAGCGUCAGGUGCGGAGGAGACGUGCAGCCGGCCGCCUGGAGGGCACCAUGCUGCAGCUGUCGCCUCGUGGAUGGAGGUGACAGCGGGGGGGUUCUGCCUGAAACGGAUGAGGCGUGAUGAACUGACUGGGAAUUUGAAGGG